CUCCCAGAGCCCUUCUAAACCUUCCCCAUCCGUCUAAUUGCGCCCCUUAUGCAUUAGAGCCCCCGGAGUCCCCUCUGUUUCGCAGAUAAGUCCUUUGGUUCCCAUCUUUUUAUUACAUUCAGGUCCUCCUAGUUUCUUUUCCUUUCGAGUCUACUCCUUGCAUUCUUGCGAGGAAGCCCCUCGGGUUGGUCGAAUUUUAGUUUCCACUCCCUCUCCUCGGGGAGUCGUUGCUGUUCUUGUUCUUGGUCGAGGUUGAGGUUGGUGGCGUAGAUCCGAUCUGAGGAAUGUUUACCUAUCCUUUCCUCUAACGUUCGCCGUACUCCGAUGAAGUUGAACGUGCUCCGCCGCCGCCGUUCCCACUCCUUCUCCGUCGCCUUCCUCUACUGGUUCUACGUCUUCUCAUGAACUCAUCGCCUUCCUCCCAAGAACACCAUCUCCAGCCUCUAAUUGAUUAUAUCUUGAUUUCUUUUUCAUCCUCCUACUAGUUUCUUUCUUGUGUUCUUUGGAAUUUUUUUGAUCUCUUGAAGAGAUCCGGUUCUUGGAUUAAGUUUUGGACAAGAACCGUACUGUGACCAUGUCGUCGCCUUCGCGCCGGAGCUCCAGCCCGGAGAGCAACACCAGCGGCGGCGGCGGUGGCGCCGACGAGCGGAAGAGGAAGAGGAUGCUGUCGAACAGGGAGUCGGCGAGGCGAUCCAGGGCGAGGAAGCAGCAGAGGCUGGAGGAGCUGAUCGCCGAGGCGGCGCGCCUCCAGGCCGAGAACGCGCGCGUCGAGGCGCAGAUCGGGGCCUACGCGGGGGAGCUGAGCAAGGUCGACGGCGAGAACGCGGUGCUCCGCGCCCGCCACGGCGAGCUCGCCGGGCGCCUCCAGGCGCUCGGCAGCGUCCUGGAGAUCCUCCAGGUGGCCGGCGCGCCCGUCGACAUCCCGGAGAUCCCCGACGACCCGCUGCUCCGCCCAUGGCAGCCGCCGUUCGCGGCCCAGCCCAUCGUCGCCACCGCCAUGGCCGACGCCUUCCAGUUCUGAGCCACCAUGGAGAGCUCGCACGCCAUGGCCAUUGGCAUCAAUGGCAUGGUUGCAGCUGCAUUACAACUAGUAGUACUAGCCUCUGUGGUUGUGUCUGAUGAUGCUUAUUAUGUUUAAUUAUGGUUUGCUUCAUGUUGUUUUCAUUAAUCUAGACCAUUAAUAAGCAAUGUGUGUUGUAAUCUUGUCUAGUCUUAUGUGAGAUGUGUUCAUCUCCAGUGCUCCUUGCUAAUAAGGGUGGAAGAGAACAAUCCGAUUUGAUGUAAUUCUUGGAGAGCACAUGUGUGCUGGUUUGUGAUGUGAUGAACUGAUGAUUGUAAUAUUUUGACAUUGAACCUAUGCUAUAAUGUUUGCAGCAAUGAAUCUAUCCUUGUGUCA